AUGUCCUUCCCUCAAGACCCUCGGCGCCGCCGCGGCGGAGCCGGCACUGGGUUCAGCUCAACCGGUGGACGAUCCGCCAUUGGAUACUGGCUCCCCUUGGCCUUGACUGCUGGAAUUGCAACUAUUAGUAUUGCAGCUUGGAUUUGGAGUGAACGAAAUGACGACGAAGACGAAGACGACCGCCCCCACGGAGAUGGCCACCCUCACCCGCCUCCUGUUGGACCCGGAGGUGACUACCCACCUUCCUAUGCUACCGGAGAUUAUGCCCGAAGCGCAGGAGCGGAAGCCCUGCCUGGAGAUGCUUCCUAUGAUCAUGGUAUGAUGGCUCGCAUGCAAGGUGCUUUGCGACGCACGCCUAGCCCUCAACAGAUCUUCGAUGGCGCCAGCAAAAGAGUUGUGGCCGGUGUCACUGCCGCAGGAGCAUUUGUCGGUGGCGCUCUUACCUCUAUUCGUGAAGAUAACAAAGGUGAGGGCGACUACGAGGACCACUCCAGAUGGUCGGAGGAGGCUCAAACCAGAGCUCACGAGAGAAGCCAACAGGGCGCUAUUGCGCCGACUAUGAGUGGUGGAUUGCCGAGCCGCCCAGCAAAUACUGCUGCCAAGGACAAGAAGAUCGUCGCAAUUGUCGUCUCCUCGGUUUCAUCGGAUGACUCUGACGAAUUCUCUUCUGAACAUGCGUCCAUUUUAUCCCAUCUCCCUGAACAUGUCGAUCUGGAAACCUCCAAGAUCUUUGUGUUAAUCUAUGCCCCGGAAUUGAAACACGCCAUCAAGAAGGGGGGCUCAUCUCCCACCUCACCAUCUAUGGCUUCGUCUUAUUCUAACAUUGGUACCGAAGAAGGAGCUUCUGUCGCGGAGCUGGCCUCUGGUGACUUGACUGCGGUCGAGCCCCGUCAGGACGACGAAUUGGAAGGCACUUCUCGCUUCUUCAAAACGUUAUACACACAGGCACAAGCGCUUGUUGAGAAGGACAGCAUGAUCAUGCCUUUCAGUACCCCUGGUGGCUAUGUGCACCUCGCUCGCCACCUAUUCCCAGAGCUUGUUUAUGUCCAAGAGUCUUUGACUGGAGACCAAGGUGAACCCGCCAUCCACAUCUCUGGGUGGGUUCGCCAGGUCAUCGUCGUGGUCGGAGACGAGGGUGGCCGUGGCGGGCUUAUCGACAGUGACGACGAGUCAGCACUUGGCGAAAAGGAAGAGAAGUGGUGGAAAAAGGAGGGCGUCACAGGACUCGGUAAGCGCAUUGACGUGGUUGAUGUUGUCCGAGUCGGAGAUGACUGGCGCCGACGGGUUCGUGGUCUGGACUAG